AUGGAGGCUUCUUCGGCUUCAUCUUCAUCUUCAUCUUCAUCUUCAUCUUCAAAGGGUUUCAUGGAAAAUGUGGAGCAACCCCAUGUUUUGGCUGUUGACGACAGUAUCAUUGAUCGCAAACUAAUCGAAAAGCUACUCAAAAAUCUGUCUUGCAAAGUGACUACUGCAGAAAAUGGGCUAAGGGCAUUGGAGUUUUUGGGCUUGGGAGAUCAUCAAAACAGUAGCUUGGAGGGCAAUAUCUCAAAGGUAAAUCUGGUAAUUACAGAUUAUUGUAUGCCAGGGAUGACAGGCUAUGAACUACUCAAGAAAAUCAAGGAAUCAUCACUCAUGAAGGAGGUUCCAGUGGUGAUUAUGUCAUCUGAAUACUUACCGAAUCGUAUUAACAAGUGCUUAGAGGAGGGAGCUCAGAUGUUCAUGCUAAAGCCUCUCAGACAGUCGGACAUAAAGAAAUUGAGAUGCCAUUUGAUGAAAUUGGAAAGAACCUGA